AUGGUAGGACUUCUGUCGGGAAGCAGGAGGUGGUCUGUCUCCAGCUGUGUCAACAAGCUAAUGUUGAAGCUGCUGCCUGGGAUUGCAUGGGAGGAGAGAGUCAGCAAGCUCCACGUGCUGCAGCAGAAGAGGAUCACUGAGACACCUCUGUUUUCAGCUGCAAGAGCAAAUGAUGUGAAUGCCAUCAAAAAACUCCUGGAGUCACCAACCGUGGAUCCUUUUGAGAAAGGUGUGAUGGGCGAGACAGCAUUGCACAUAGCUGCAUUGUACAAUAAUUAUGAGUCUGCAAAAGCACUACUUGAAGAAGUGCCGGAUCUCGUCAAUAUACCAGCCACUUCCGAGCUGUACGAAGGGAAAACGGCCCUGCACAUCGCUGUGGCAAAUGAGAAUUUUCAUUUGGUUAAAGAACUGAUAAACCGAGGAGCCAAUGUGGCAUCAUCACGUGCAACUGGGAUCUUCUUCAAAAGAAGUGAAAAGAAUUUCGUUUAUUAUGGGGAGCAUGUAUUGUCAUUUGCUGCUUGUGUUGGGAAUAAAGAGAUUGUGCAGUUCCUGAUUGAAAACGGAGCAGACAUUAAAGCACAGGAUUAUCUGGGUAACACUGUUCUGCAUCACCUGGCAUUACAGGGUCAAAGUUACACUGCAGAGAUGUAUGAUUUUAUCAUGUCCCUCAAUCCAGAGAAUGGAAAUCCCACAGAAACAAUCACAAACAAUGAUGGACUGACUCCCUUCAAACUGGCUGCCCUUGCAGGAAAUGUACAGCUCUUUCAACAUUUAGUGAAAAAGAGGGAGCAUCACGUUCAGUGCCUUUUCAAGUCUAUCUCCGGCACUUUCUGUGACCUCUCUGGCAUUGACUCCUGGGAUGAUGACCACUCAGUCCUUGAACUGAUCCUGUGCAGUAAUGAAGAUGAGGCCUUGAAGAUUCUCAACCUCCCUGCAAUCAAAACGCUGAUUCAUUUCAAGUGGAACAAAUAUGGAAAAUAUUAUUUCCGAAUCCUCACUUCUUUCUACUUUAUUUACAUCAGCAUAUUUACCUCCUGCUGCAUCUUUCGUCCUCUUGUACCACGGCGGGACAAUGUCACAGACCCAAGAGAUACUCAGAUUUUGGAAGAGGCACCAUUAGAUCUGUGCUAUGUAUCAACAGAAGAUUACAUCCGUUUGGUGGGGGAAAUCAUUUCUGUCUUUGGAGCCAUUGCUAUUCUUCUCAUGGAAAGUGUUGACUUCUUACGGUAUGGAACAUCAGGAUACUUUGGGAAAACGACUCUUGGAGGCCCAUUCCAUGUUAUAAUCAUCUGCUAUGCAUUCCUGGUGCUACUGAUUUCCAUCCUCCGACUGACGAGUGCAGGUGUCGAGGGGUUCUUCAUGGCCAUUGCCAUUGCCCUGGCCUGGUGCAAUUCCAUGUACUUUGCUCGAGGGUUCCGGAUACUUGGGCAUUUUGCCAUCCUACUCCAAAAGAUUAUUUUGGAGAAAUUUUUGACGUUUGUAAUAUUAAUGGUGAUGGUGCUGAUAGGAUUUACCACAGCAUUAUAUUUGUCAUUCCAAGAGCUUGAUCCUUCCUACUGGAUUCAUUUCCAUGGUUUUAAGAAUCUGAUAUUCCUGGUCUUCAUGCUCUUUUUUGGACUCCUCGACAUCCCACUGAACUAUGACAAGUACACACCUUUCAUGGUCAAGAUUUUAUAUGUGUCCUACAUAAUGAUGACUUUCCAGAUGAUGGUCAUUCUCUUCAUCUUCUUGAUUGCCCACACACUCCGGCGAGUGAUGAAGAACUAUGAUGUACUCUGGCGAGCCCAGAUUAUGACUUCGAUGAUUCAUAUGGAGAGAUGGCUUCCAAGACGCUUCUGGUCUCGUGCUGGUACCUGUGGUACGAAGCUUGGACUUGAUAACAACUGGUAUCUUUGGGUGGAGGACAACAAUGAUUGCAGUGCUCUGAAGAGCUCCUGCAACGCCAAGCGUGCAGAGGAGGAAGAACAUCAAGAAUCCAGCAACAAGAUGGAGAAAGAGCUGAACCGUUCACCUCCUGUUAGGAGUGAAGCUGACUUCAGUCCAAGCAUGGAGCUGCACCUUCACCGCAAAUCGAAGGUUCAUCGUUCUGAUGGUGCUCACAGUAAGACGAAAGAGGCUGAGCACUCUCUGUAA